CCCUCUCUCUCUCUCUCUCUCCCUCAUUCAUACACAGUCACACACAUCUAGGGAUAAAGGUGCUGUCUGAGGUUGCUGCCUCUGUAGGUACCUUCAUUGAGGACCUUGACUUUCCAGAGAAGAUCUCCCGAGAGCCAGAAAACUAGGGAGGAUCCCUUCUGAGAUGCUUCCCACACCUUCCCUCCUUCAGUGGGCUGAGAUAUCUUUUACAUGCUGGUUGUCCACUCUGCAUCUUUUGCUCCUCUCCCCCAAGGUCGUUCCCACAUACUAAUACAAAUGUGCAUCUGGAUGGCCAAUCUACUUACCGGGCAGCUCUCUGUUUGCGACCAAACGUGUACAAAGUGAAAAUGUCCAUGGAAAAGGUUAUCAGAGAAGACCAGGUGGAGAUUUUGGAGUACAACUUCACUAGAAUCAGCAAGAACCCUGAUCGUGCUACCCUGGACCUCAUUGCUGCUGAGGCAGGUCUAUCAGUAGAAGAGGUUCUAGUAUGGUUCAAGAAGCGCCUGGGAGAGUGGAGGAAAUCAGAAGGGCUUCCUUCAGAAUCUAGGUCUGUCAGAGAUUGACUAAAGCCCCCCCCCCCUUAUGGAGACAUCCCUGGAAAAUGGACAGCAGCUCAAUUAUUGCUUUCUCUGUGGAACGUUACUCUCAAAAAUAUUUUUCCUGUUUUUUUUUAACCUGCUGCUUAUUUAAAAUGUAUAUACUAGAGGUGGAAAAUAAGUAUAUGAAAUUAUGCAUACUGAUUGUAAUGUAGACUUUUAUGAAACUUACAGGGAAAAGAUUACAAACUAUGCCUAUUGCAAAUACAGUGAUAAUUUAACGGAGUGGAUCUGGUUAAAUAUUUCUAUUAAUUCCAGCAAAAUUAAUAGGAAGGCGCAAUAGACUGAAAUAUGCUUUUCUUGUCUACUGUACUUUGAGAAAUAGCUUCAGCACCAGAGUCCAGGAAAGCAAUAUCUGGAAUCAACUGCAUUCAUUAACAUCUUACAGAAAUUAGAUUUUAAAAAAUGAAGUUUGGGCACGAUCCAUCAUGUGGUGUUUGUGAAGACCUUCAUGUGUACACAAACAAGAGAACAAGCUCCAUCUUGCUCACACAAUCCAUUGUGAAUUCAAGGCAGGCAUACUAAUGAACCCUAUGAAACAACCUUCUGCAAUCUUGAGCAAUGUGUAAUAUCUUGAGUCCCAUAAUGCAGCUUAGUUACAGUCAAAUCAUUUAAAGACCCAAUUAGCCACCAGGUAAAGUACAGGUAGUUCUCAACUUGCAAUCUUUUGCUUAAUGUCUGUUCAACAGAAAUUUUGGGCUCAACUGUGGUUGUAAGUUGAGGACUACCUGUAUAUAAAAAUGACAGAAAUAAAAAGAUGUGAAUGUACUUUGCUUCUUUCUCCUUACUUUUCCUCUAUCUCAUCCCUGUCUCAGAUAUCUGGCAGAAGGCAUCCAGCAUAGAUGUGUUGUUUACAGACUAGGCAAAUACAUCAAAAGCAGUGGCUUAUGUGCACAGUUGAUUAGAUAAUUAAAUGAAUAUAAGAAGCAUAUUUCUAAUAAUUCUAAUGCUGUGCAUGAAAAAGAGUAUUUUUCUCUGGAUAUAUUAAUGUAUCGCACAUUGUAAACAGACUUGAUGUGUCCAUCUGACUGAUUUCAUACUCUAUUAUCUCUGAAAAAGCCACUUCUGAGGAAAGGCUUACACAAAAUCUGUAGAGAUAACAAUUUAUUUCUUCAUCACAGUGACACAAUGUACAGAAUCUGUCCCAACCACAACUAUGUGUGGCAAACCGGGCCUUUUUUUCAAGUGGGCCUUUUUUUUCAAGUUCUACACAUGGAAGACUGCUUCAGAAUAUAGGUCAAUUAUAUGAAAUAUUCAUAUGAAUUAAUCAUUAAUUAAUCUUUAAUCAUGCCUGAUCAUUCAAAGCAGCGAAACAAACCAGUUAAAAUAGAACAUCAAGGUUUUAGCAGUCUGUUCCACUACCUACUUACAUUCCUGACUGACCGAUUUCAGUGGGCAAUACAAUGGGGAGAGAAGGGGGAGGUAAAGCAAGAAAUGGGUGCCCAGAGAAGCAUUCUGUGCUGACAGCAAAUAUAUCAUUAUACUUAUAAUUCUCCGAGAAGUCAAUGAACUUCAAAAGCAUUCAGAGAUGCACAACAGGAAUUCUGAUGAAUAGCCUCAAACCUGGAAUGCUGAAAUGGGUGGAGUGAGGGUUUGGCCCAUCCUCCCAGUAAAAAUGAGAACAAUGUGUAAUCAAUUAUUUCAACAAGUGUAUUGAAGAAGUAUCUAAGUUUAGAAACACACAUUUUUAACUGUAAAUUAUUUUAGGAAAAGAAUCUAAAAGGAGCAGCAUUAUGUCAAUCGAUUAUGGAAAACUAGCAAACCAUGUAUCGAAGAACAGAAUCAGAACAGUGAAUAUGAAGGUCCAUAGUUCAGCAGAGGUCUCUGUGUAUGCUCAAAGUUUCUCAGGUUGAAAGGCUGCUGACAUCUCUAAAUGAAUCCCUGUUUACCAUUUUGGAGAAUUGUUGCUGUUUUGUUUGAUUUUGUUUUAGAUAGGAAACAGCUAGAUAAAUCAGACUGACUUUAUAUGCCCGCUUGCUGUUUUGCAAAAACAGGACAAACGUGGAACUGUUUUGACAUUUCUUCACAACUGGGGAUUUUUAUAAGGAUAUGAUGUUUUCACCCAAAUAAAGAAAUGUGUUGGGUCAUUAGGAAACUCUUGAUGAAACAAUGCAAUUCAGUGAAGAAACUCUCGCACUAUGUCAUGAGUACUUUUAAUAUUGCUUGCUGUCGAUGUAAUAGAGCUCAGUAUCAAAAGUUCAGAAGUAGCUUCCUUUGAACUCAGUUAUUUGUGACCUAGAGGUUGAACCUUUGCAGGUUCCCUGACAGAAGAAGGUUGACAGUCUUUGUUCAAGAACUCUUUUGACCUCCAAAUGUAACCUACAGCCUAAGCCAUCUAUGAGAUUGUCAUAUAAUUUCCAGGUCAGGCCUAUUUAGGCUUUGGAAAUCAGUCAAGGAUACCGAGUUUUUAGGUGUAUUAUCUUAAGCUAAUCUUUGCAAGGUGUAUUAUUUUAAGCUAAUCUUUCAUAACCAGGUGUUGGCCUGAUGCAUUAAACUAUAAUUCUCAUCUUUUAGAUAUUCCCUAGAGAAUAUGAAUAUCAUUAAUAAGGCAUUGCUUCAUUCAUAUAACAAGCAAGAUGCACUAAUCAAUUCUUAGGAAAUGGUAGUUGGGCCAAUAAAGUGGCAUUCUUGCUUUCAUCAUGGCUAGUACCUUCAGGUGAGUCAGCUUAAGAGCUGGCUUUCCCCCCAGGCCUUAGACUUGAGUGGUGAGGGUGUGCCUUCCACGGUAUUGGUUUUGCACAUUUAUAGUCUAUGUACUGUAUGUUCUCCAUUAGGAACAUCUUUUUGAGGGAUGACAAUGUUAUUCUAUUGGAUUGGAUUGUUGUUUUAAACCUUGUAUGCCACUCAGAUUAUUUGGACAAUCACGAAUUGGGCCAUUUAUAAAUAAGCUAAUAAAUAACAAUACAACUUUCA